AGGAUCUGGGCCUUUGGGGUUUUUGAAUUUCCAUUUGAAGAGGUGGUGGACCUUGCACCUUUACAGUUCAUGCAGACAUGGAAGAAAAAGACAACAAGAAGAACUCAAUUUUCAAUAGGCUCAGUCCUGCAACAUGUGAACACUUGAAACCUCUUUCUGUGUAUUCAAUGAUGAUUUCUUGUGAGCAAAAGGCUAAUCUGCAUCCAAUAGCAAAGUUUUCCAAUCCAUUCAUCAAUUUCAAAAUUGAGGUAUUGAAUAAUUGUCCGAAAAAACGGAAAGUCGAUGAUUCUGUUCCUGACAGCGGUUAUGAGACUCCGGCAAAAAGGGCAUUCAGUCCAAAGGAUUUGUCUCCUGACCUCGGAUGUUUCAUGGACUUUAACACACCCCCUGCAAGACAGGAUUCUUUGUCCCCUUUUGCCACUUCUAAGCCUGCAUUGCUAGAUAGGACCCAAUCCGUUAGUAGUGAAAGAAAAGAAACUGUGAGCUCUCAGCUACAUGUGGAAUGUGGAUCCUCAAUAGAGCCAUGGAGUAGUGAGGUGUCUGUACCACAUGGUUUAAAAAGUGAGGAAGUGCUCUUAAAUCCUGCACCUGACUUUGACUGUGAUGUUGAUGACAUCUUGUGCCUAAAUCCCUUUGGUACUUCUAGUUCUGGGCGAAAUUGUGAGAAAGUUGAGAGCUGCAAAUUUGCAGGUAGAUUCACAUUUGAAAAAAAGCCAGUCUUAAACCCCUCUGUGGUACACAGUCAAAACAUGGAAAGAGGAGAUUGGCAGGUGGAGGAAGACAAAGAGGAGCAUAUUAAAAACAUGGUUCUGAAUGUUAAAGAUGUAGAAGAGGACAAGGGUUAUUCCUCUGUGUCCUUCAUAAAGGACCACGAAAUGGGGAAGAACCUCUCUCAACUGCCAUUGGCAACAUCUAGCCAUCCGAUCAGGGUGGAUACUGUUAAGCAACCAGAGGAUGAGAUCCAGCCUGGAAGUUCACCUGAGCAGGGUUCUCAAAAACAAGCUGCACUAUCUGGACAGGUUAUUUCCUUCACAGCAAAGGAUUUGUGUCCAGUUGUGUAUGGGUCACAGUUAGAGUCUAUGCACUCUCCUGUAGAGACUUUGGAAGGAGAUGUUGAAGAUUUCUGGAAUAUUGGUCCUCCCAGAUUUGAGUCAUCUCUAUGUCAGAAAGUCUCAGAGAAGUUGGAUGAUGGUGUUGAGCAGGUGUCAGAGAAUUUGCAGCGAGAUGUUACAGAGACAAUCCAUGAACGCCAGGCUCCACUAAGUAUAGAGGAGACCACAUUGGACACCAGUUAUGAAACCACCUUACCCCUAGUAAAGGUUAAAUCAGUUGUGGUUGCUGCCAUUCAUCCCACCUCCAACGGCAAACUAGCAUCCCGUCCUGAGCUGAACAGGAACAGAGGUUUUCAACCUACAAGAUGUAUCAAUAGUGCCAGGAAUCUAAGGCCGGUGAUCUCAAAAAGGGAGGUGGACUGGGAGCAUGAAAAACAGUUAUAUAUCCAUUCUGUGACCAGACACAUGAAUGAGAAACCACAUGGAGGUCCAGAUGUAGUGAUGGAACUGCAGAACCUGAUGACACAUGUAGCUGACCAGACUCCAGGCAACUAUGGAAGACAGUGGCAGCAUCCCUCGGAUCUCACACACAGAAACUACAAACAACGCUUCGGAAAUGGGAUGUCAAAAAUGCCCCUUAAUCAAUGGCAGGCAAAGAACUGUCCAAGACACAAGCGCUUCAACAAGGUCCCGAAAAUCUUUGAAAGGAGUCCGUUUCCCUAAAUAAGGAGUUUUGGGAAGGCUUCCCCGCACUUACAGUUCUUACCUUAAAAAAGAUUUAAAAGCUGGACUGUUCAGGAACUAACUGAAAAAAAAUUAAUAUUCUAUUGGUUAAAAGGUGUUUUUGUUUUAAUAUUUGUACUGAAUUCGUAGUUUGUGUUUGUUUUCCUAUGUACAUAAAUGCAUGUCCCUGUAUGUUAAAGUUACUGCAUGUUUUAAGUGUUUGGAUGUUUUGAGAAUGGUGUAUAGGUGUCUUGCCUUUUUACUGUAUUUCAUACGGUCGGUUUUAUUGACAAUUUAAGUUAUUUUGUUAUUGUGCUGCCUGCAGUAUUGUAUUUUCUAUGGUGCAAAGGUAAAACUUGCACUGACCUGUUUGGUACCUGCUUCAUCUCUGUGCGCUUUAUUCUGGGUCUAUAAAGCAGCAUUUAAGUGAUGUGCACAAGAAGAGUCGACAGAAGUAACCCUAGAGAACCCACGCACAUCGAACUUAAUCAGCAUGUGUCCAGUCCUUUAAAUAAUGCACACUUUUUAAGUAAUCCUGUCUGUACAGAUAGUGGGUAAGCCUGGCCAGCCAUCCAGAAGGCAGUUGUGUGGGUGUCAGUGAAGGCCUCGUGUCACAUGCUGUGCGAAUGUAAGGCACGUGUAUAGCUGAGCAACCACAGCACUUCUCUUUACCUUCAAACAAUGGUUCCCCCUCCAGAGUUGAGAGCAGGGUAGCAGCAAAGAGGAUGCUUCACAGUUCACAGUGCACCAUUUAAAAACAAAGCACUUUAAAGGCCAUUGCAUGUCAGCUUGCAUAAAAAGUAUAAUAUGAGACUUCCAUCAGAUCCAAGUUAUUUGUUUUGUUUUUCAAGGUAGGUCUCAUUGAGUUCUGAGAUAUUACAGAUUCGGGCACAUAUUGCUAACUUGACAGUAAAUAAUGUGGCCUGAAACCAUGUUGCUUGGCUGAGUUUUUGGAGUUUGGUUUUCUUUCUCCAUUCUUGCCUAUUAACAGUAGGAUGGCCACAAACCAACAGUUGAAGUUGAAAGUUUGAGUUUUACGUGCCUGUUGACCUGGUUUCUGUUAGUUGUUUGAUGGUUUGACAUCACUUCAGAUACAUGUGCUCAAUUAAGAUGAAAAGCAGAGUUUUGUGGAAAAUAUGUCAUUUUAUUUUACGCAUACACAAGUAAGCAUACACCAUAUUCUUCAUUAUUGAAGUUGUGUAACCUUGUGCAUAAUAGAUAAACCAUGCUAGCCCUCAUAAAGCAAUGACUAAAGUACACUUCAUACAAGGAAUAUAAACAUGAGCACUAAUAAAGCAGUUGAUUUUCUAAACCAUGCUUCUUUGUUAUCUCAUUUUUAUUCUGUAUUUAGAGAAACCACAAUGAAGAAGGCUGUCUUUGUUAUAUCAAUGGCAUGAUUAAGUACUCUUACAAAAUAGGGCCUCCACAAUGUGCAAGUUGUUUUUUUUACUGCCCAGUUUCUCAUCACAAUAUGGUCCAUUGCUGCUACCAACAUACAGUAUUUUUAGGCAUUGUAUCACACGUACAGUAGUGUGAGAAUUGAUCGUAGGCCUCUGGUACUGAAAUAAAUCCUAAGUGAGUUAUGAAAAAGGUUUUCCAUCACAGGGCUCAAGUGGAAUGUUGAAUUCAAACAGCCAUCACCAUAAGUUGCAUGUUAUUAAGAAGAAAGUUAUUUGUCUUGCUUCUUCAUGUGUCUAUUAAACUAGCUUUAACCAGAAAUACCAACCGAGACUUGAUAUUCCGUGAACAACAUGAAUCCAAAUCGGCUUGUUUCUUACACAAGUUCCAUGUGUGAUUG